AUGUCCCAGGUUCCAUUCGCAGAUCCACCAUGGCUGAGAGGCUUACCCUCGCCGUACUUCAACGAUUCACAUCGCAGAUUUCAAGUCGCCUGCAGAAAGUUCCUCGACGAAAACUUGCAUAAGGAUGCUAUGGAAUGGGAAACGGCGGAAGACGUACCAGCCGAUUUAUUCACCAAGUUCGCCAAAGGGAACUUCCUAAUCCCGGCAUUGCCGGCGCCUUUACCCGUGGAAUGGCUUCACAAGCUGGGUGUCACGCAUAUGCCCGGGGAGGUACCAGUAGAGGAAUGGGAUGCAUUGCAUACCAUGAUCUACUCGGAUGAGAUGAGUCGUUCUGGGUUGGCUGGACCUCCGGGAUCAUUGACUACUGGCAUGGCAUUUGGUGUUCCUCCUCUACUGCACUAUGCGAACGCCGACGUGCAAAACCGAUUUCUCCCCGAUCUCCUGCUGGGAAAGAAAAGAACCUGCAUUGCCAUCACUGAACCGGAUGCAGGAUCAGAUGUCGCCAACAUUACUACUACGGCUGAGCUCAAAGGCAACGAGUACAUCAUCAACGGCGCCAAGAAGUGGAUCACCAAUGGCGUUAUGGCAGACUUCGCAACCAUAGCCGUCCGUACCGGUGCUGAAGACUCAGGAGGGAAGGGCAUCUCGCUGCUUGUGGUUCCUCUUGCGAAUCAACCCGGCGUGAGCAGAAGGCGCCUCAAAGUCGCCGGCCAAAUCGUUGCCGGUACCUCAUAUCUCGAGUUUGACGAUGUCAGAGUGCCGCGAGAGAACCUAAUCGGCAAGGAAAACGAAGGGAUGAAGUAUAUUAUGCACAACUUCAACCACGAGCGGAUGUUCAUCUCGGUGGGCGUUACGAGGCAAGCUAGGGUAGCUCUGAGCGCCGCGUUUGCGUACUGUAUGCAGCGGAGAGCGUUUGAUAAGGUCAAUCUAUGCCAAAGAAUCCCCCAAACAUAUCUAAAGACUCUUAUCGAACAACCAGUGGUCCGUCAUCGGCUGGCCAAAUGUGGAGCCAUACUCGAGUCGCAGUAUGCCUGGGUUGAAUCUUUUGCGUUCCAACUCUCUAAGAUGCCAAAGAAGACUGCAGACGAGGAGCUAGGUGGUUUAACUGCCCUAUGCAAAGCCAAUGCUGGCAUUGUUCUCGACGAGUGUGCGAGAUGUGCUGUACUGCUAUUCGGCGGCAAUGGCUACACGCGUACGGGCAAGGGAGAAAUUGCCGAAAAAAUCUACCGUGAGGUUCCGGGUGCAAGAAUCCCCGGUGGAAGCGAGGAUGUAUUGCUGGACUUGGCCAUUCGGCAAUUGACGAAGCGUUUCCGUGCAGAGACGGAGAAGGAAAAGACGAAGUCCAAGAUGUAG